AUGGCUCGAGCUUGUGAGCUCGUGCUGCUUGCCGCUGUCGCCGUCCUCCUCGCAAGCACAGCGACGGCCUUCACAACGCCAUCGUGCAUCAAAGAGGCGCAGCAGCUGGUCAAAGUACUGGACGCCAAGCCUCAGUUCUACAGCGACAUUUCGACUGAGCUGAAGAAGCUUAUCAAGGCUGUUUUCAAGGCGCGCCCGAGCGCGUCGCCCAUGAAGAUGGCGGUCCGCCUUGUCAAGUCGAAGAAGCCGCCGGUUCCGGUGCUGGCGCAUCUGCACACGGGCACGGGGAACUGCUUCGAGGCGUACGGCAUCGGCGGCGUGCUGUCCUAG